AUUGGCGGAGCCCGGUCACAUGACCGCAGCCGCCGCGCUGUAGUUUCAACGACAGCUGCCUGCCUGGGAGAACAGAGAGAGCGCGCAUCGCGACUGAAGCGCGAGAGGCGGCCGUGCCUUCAACGCUUCGCGUAAACUUUCCACAGCAUGGGAGACAAGAGAAGUCCUACAAGGCCGAAACGGCAAGCGAAGCCCUCCUCCGACGACGGCGGCUACUGGGACUGCAGCGUGUGCACGUUCAAGAACAGCGCCGAAGCGUUCAAAUGCAUGAUGUGCGAUGUCAGGAAAGGAACGUCAACGCGGAAGCCUCGUCCCGUUUCCCAGCUGGUAGCCCAGCAAGUCCCACAGCAGUUUGCUUCACCCACACAGCCCAAGAAAGAAAAAAAGGAAAGGACUGAGAAAGACAAGAACGAGAAGGAGCCGACGCUGAAAAAGAAUAGCCACAAGAAAAUGAGGCCCAGGUUAAAAAAUGUAGACCGGAGCAGCGCUCAGCAUCUGGAAGUGACAGUGGGAGAUCUGACGGUUAUCAUAACAGACUUUAAGGAGAAAACAAAGCCCUCCUCCAGUUCUUCCUCUAUCGCAACAUCUGGAGACCACCACAGCCAGAGCGGAUCCAACUCGGAUAACACGGAAAAGGAGAUCUCCAGAUCUUCAUCCCCACGAGGAGAAGGCUCCUCGAUCAACGGGGAGUCUCACUAGGAUUAUGAACGCUACUUCCAGUGUCCUGCGCUCAAUAUAUACAUUUAAUCCUGGACAGACACAGGAGCGAAUUUAUGUAUGCCAAGACUUACUAAGACACAGACUUAACCCAGCAAUAUAAGCCAUUUCUCACUACUACCACAAUUAUACAUCCCAGGAUACGGGUUGGCGAAAUUGUAGAUUUUGUAAGAAACUUUGAUGAUUACUGAACAAAUAGAAGAAAUAAAUUGACUGUGUUUUUAAUUUCUCUAUAGCACCAACAUAAUAUGUUAGUAUUACGAAUCAGAUUAGUGUUGUUUGUUUGGAUUUAGACAUUGACGCGCGGCCUUCUCUUUAAUUUUGUGGCAUAGUUUUGUAAUUUACAUCCCAAGAAUUAGGCUUGAAGCUGAAAAGGUUCUUGUGUUUAAAUGUGUGGAAUUAACUGGAACGUUUUUGCGAACGAAAUUUCCUUCGGCAUUAAUGCCGUUUCAGUCGCAGCGGUUGCAUAUUGUAACUUAAAUAUUCAUUAGGCGAGGGUUAAGCCGCCUAAUAAUAACUGUGACCGAAACUUCCUUUAUCGAUUGUUUUUAGCACCAGCUGGUACUCGGUAUGAUUUUAAGCAAAAAUUCAUUGUUUGAUUAUCUGUUUUUGUUCAUUUCAUAUUUUCGUCACUUUUCACGGUAGAUCGCAUCACGUGUGCGGCUAGUUGUUCUACCAGCAUUGAUUUGUGUUAAAAUGUCUUGAUAUAAUUCUGUUCAUUCUAAAAAAAAAAAAAAACAUUACAUUUAUGACUAAAAUUGUAAAAUGUAUUUGUAAGAUGUUGACUUCAUUGCCUUUAUGACGAACGGUGGUAUAUAAAUAUAUUGCAGUAUAGGAAAUAUCUCUUAAUAAAAUUUAAGGUUUAGA